UUAUUAUUUUAAUCUGUAAUCUUAAUUAAAACAUGUUCGGAUGUGAUUUAGGAAGCCGAUGUUUCUCUUACAUUACGUUAUACUCCGUGUGCCAGCUUGCCCAAACAAUUCGUUAGUGGUCAGAACGAAAUUUACUGUUGUAUAAGCAUUCCUGUUAGUGAUUCCUUUCUUUUCGAGAUGAACACGAGCAUAGAAAAAUCACCUUCUCAUAUAUUUUUUUUCUUCUGUUAUUAUUAGUAUUUAGUAGUAGCACUUUUCCCUUUUCUUCUACCUGUACUGGUUGUUUCAGGAAGAUAGUGCUCUAUCCUAAGGGAAAAGGUCCUGGAAUGGGCACCCAUCUUUCUCUGUACUUGGCUCUGGAUUUGGCAACGCUCCCUGCUGGUUGCAGAGUAUAUGCGGAUUACACCUUGCGCCUUGUGGAUCAAGUCUAUGACAGAAAGCACGACAUGUAUGGUAAAGUUAAAAGCUGGUUUGGUGCCUCAAGCUCAGAAAAUGGAUGGUCAAGAUACGGUCCCCUGAGUUUAUAUCAGUCAAACAAUUACCUUUUUGCCAAGGACAUUUGCAUAAUUGAAGCAGAGGUCAUAGUACUUGGAAGUGGUUCUUCGUUUUAGUUAUGAUUUUUUUUUUCUUUUUUCAA